CCUGGCUCCGGGGAGAUGCAGCCGCAGUGCCGCGCAGGACCUGCUCACUGGCAUGAGGAUUUCCCCAUUGCCAAUGGGGAGUAUCAAUCCCCCAUUGAUAUUGACACCACGUCCGCCCAGUACGACUCUUCUCUGAAGCCUUUGCAUUUCAAUUAUGACCCCUCCACAGCUAGGAACAUCGUCAAUAAUGGGCACUCUUUCAAUGUGGAGUUUGACGACUCUUCCGACAAAUCAGUGCUGAGAGGCGGAGCACUGACAGGAACCUACAGACUGAUUCAGUUUCACAUUCACUGGGGUUCCUGUGAAGGCCAAGGUUCUGAGCACACUGUCGAUGGCAAACAAUAUGAUGCUGAGGUUCACCUUGUUCACUGGAAUACAAAGUAUGGUAAAUUUGGAGAAGCUGUGAAACAUCCUGAUGGAUUGUGUGUGGUAGGCGUUUUUCUGCAGGUGGGAAGUGCCAGGCCUGGGAUACAGAAAGUUAUUGAUGCACUGGACUCCAUUCAAACCAAGGGCAAGCAAGCUUCCUUCACAAACUUUGAUCCCAUGAAACUGCUUCCCUCAUCCCUGGAUUACUGGACUUACCAAGGUUCACUGACCACUCCCCCUCUACUUGAAUGUGUUAUCUGGCAUGUUCUGAGAGAACCCGUUCAUGUCAGCCCAGAACAGCUGUGCAAACUCCGUGGCCUUUGCUUCAGUACUGAGAAUGAAACCCCCUACUAUAUGAUGGACAACUGGCGCCCCUGCCAGCCUCUGAAAAGCAGAGAAGUUAGAGCUUCAUUCCAAUAAGCUAAAGCACUGAGCUCGUAGGAAAUUGCUCUGUCUAUGAGGGAAGAGUCCCUUCUGCUAAGCACAAAUAGAACCUUCGCUAGAGGUGCACUGGCAACAUUUCUUCUCCUAGAUAUUUCACUUCUUCCAUUCAGCAUCUGAAGUUCUGGCUAAUGAAAUGUGAAAGACCCUAGAGAAAAAGGGUCUCUAUAUGUUGGGGAGGGAGAAAAUCUUUGUGAUGUUUGAUGAUGAUUGCUGUGACUGGCACUUAAGCUGUUUGGCAAAGCACAUAAUGAUAGCAAAAUAAGCCAUUUUAAGUAACCUCAGCUACAGGUAAUAGUACAUAUAACUAAUUGUACUCAGUAAUGUGAAGCUUUUUUGGAAGCACAUAAAUAUAGAACAAUUUGAACAUUUUAAAUGCCAUGUAAGAGGUUAAGUAGUGUCAACAUAGUGCAAAAGCAAAUUAAUAUUGAUGAUUAAGAAACUGAAGUGUAAAUAUUUUUAAAAUUGUUUUACAUUUUUAGCCAUGGUAUCAUUAACCUCAAUUAUGUCUUAAUGUUAAUGUGUUGGGUUUUUUUAAAAAUACAAAAUGACUUAAAUUAAAUCUCUAUAAAAUAUAUAGAUUAUUAUAGAUAUAAUACAGAGUAUCUUUCCACUAAAGUAAUAUAUGUAAUAAUUUAAUGAAGAAAUGAAUAUUGUAUUUUAGAUAAAUUCUCUAAUA